CCCACCUCCUCUCCCCGAAAUCUCAGGCUCCGGAUGCACCUCUCUCCCCGUCCGGCCGAACUUGAAACUAGCGACGGGGGGAGCGAGGCAAGACUGACCGCGGGGCAGCUGCGGAGCAUGUCGACCCCGGCCCGUAGGAGGCUCAUGCGGGAUUUCAAGCGAUUGCAAGAGGACCCACCUGUGGGGGUCAGUGGUGCACCAUCUGAAAACAACAUCAUGCAGUGGAACGCAGUUAUAUUUGGACCAGAAGGGACACCCUUUGAAGAUGGUACUUUUAAACUAGUAAUAGAAUUUUCUGAAGAAUAUCCAAAUAAACCACCAACCGUUAGGUUUUUAUCCAAAAUGUUUCAUCCAAAUGUGUAUGCUGACGGCAGCAUAUGCUUAGACAUCCUGCAGAACCGAUGGAGCCCCACGUACGACGUCUCCUCCAUCCUAACUUCAAUUCAGUCUCUGUUGGACGAGCCGAAUCCAAACAGUCCGGCCAAUAGCCAGGCAGCGCAGCUCUAUCAGGAGAACAAACGGGAGUACGAGAAGAGGGUUUCGGCCAUUGUUGAGCAGAGCUGGAAUGACUCAUAAUAGACACCUGGUCUGUCCACCUUUCCACCGUCCUUGUGUAUAAUUUACCUCCCAGUAGGAAGGCUAGCAAGUUUUAAGUGCCACGGGUUUUAAGGAUUCUGCAGAGAAAAAAGAAAAAGUCCUUCAGUUUAGAACCUACAAAAGCUUGUGUAUCUUGAUUAAUGUACUUUUUAUUGCAUGGUGUGAACUAAGUUAUUGCUGCAUAAAUUUGUAAUAUAUCCUGUUUGUAUUUUUUUCCAAGUGUAUAAUGUUGGUGUGGAGUUUUCAUGACAGAAUAUACACAUUUUGUAAAUCUGUACUUUUUUCAAAUAUUGAAUGCCUUAUUUUUGAAUUCUUUAGAUUUUUAAAUUGGAGAAAAGCACUUAAAGUUUUUUAUAUAUGAAUAUUACAUGUAAAGCUGUUAAAAUACAUAACUUCAGUGCAAGAGACUUUGUCACUUAUUUCCUUACCUGUGCAGGAGGGACUGCCAAGUCUCUGCUCUUCGCCAGGUGAGAGCCUCAUUUCCAACUGCAGAAGUCACUCUUCUGUUUUAUCAAGAAAGUCUGCAAAUUUGAUUCUAAAACCUAUUCUGAUCUCCGGCUUUAUUUUGAAUGUACUUAUGUUAGUUCAGUUGAGUAACUAUAGACUUACUGGUCUGGUUCUGUCCAGCUCUGUAUUUGGGCCACUUGUUAAUGUGCGUUUCUCAUGUAAACUGUACCUUUUGUGACUUCACAAUUGGCACCUCGUCCGCGAGCAGAGCUGACUUACUCUGCUGCGUGGCAGCACCUCCACAGGCUUUUGAUUAAGAAGAAAGUAAAACCAUCACCAUUCACCAAAUGCCGUGCCGCGGUGUUAGCAGUGGCCGGGUGCGCUGGUUUGAGCAAGGCAGAGGUUUGGAAGGAAUCUCGGUGUAACUUGAAUAUUUGCAAACUACCUUUUAAUGCGGCUGCGCGCUACCUGUUUAUUCCGGAACUGUUGAGCACCAGGGCCUGCCGAGUUGCUUCUCACCUCCUCAGUUGUAUUCAAGUUGUACUGCCUCUUAGUUUACUGGGUAGACUUAAAACACAGUAUUGUAGAAAGCUAAGACAAAGCUAUCCUAUGCCUUCAAGUAGUAUAGAAAAUGGAAAAUAUACAAGUAAAUUCUGUCGAGCCUCU